UCUUCACUAGCGGUCACUUCGCCUCCGGUUCCUGUAUAAAUCUGCAGCUCUUCUCUGGAAAUGAAUGACUUCCGGUCGCUCUAAUCGCAUCCUGUGUGUGUCAGUGUAGCUGUAAAUAUGUCCACAAAAAAAAAAAAAAGCUUGAAGAAGAGCAAUAAACCUCCUGUGGAGCAGCGGAGCCCGUGAUUUCUGCCACAAAAAAAAGCAAAACUCAGGUUGUGUGGAUGCAGACAUCAGGAGGGGUCCCGUUUACAGCUGUUUACAGCUGUUAGGUUCUCAUUAGUGCUGGAGGAGGGUGUGUCUGGGAUUUAACACAGGACAAAAACUUUCUAUCAGCAUUUGUGUGUGUGUGUGUGUGUGUGUGUGUGUGUGCUGGGAUCUAACUAGGACGUCCGACAUGGAUCCUCCAGACAUCUGAAGUCGUUUUCCUGGAGUUUAAGCUGGAAAACCAGGAGUUUCUGAGAACUUUUAACCACACAGACCGCCCUCAUGUGAAAAACUAAAGUCCAGACAUGUCCAAGACGUGGAAGAAGAGAAGCCACUGGAGCAGCAGAGUCCAUGAAGUGGUGUUAACCCGGGAUAAACACAGCGAGCUCCGUGUGGAUGUCAGAGGAGGCGCAGAGCUCGGCCAGUUCCCCAUGCUCGGGGCUGUGGAGGGGAUAAGUCCAGCUCCAGAGGGACAGACUCGGGGAGAACUUCUGCUGGAGGUGAACGACACCCCGGUGGCCGGACUGACCACCAGAGACGUGCUGGCGGUAUUAAAGCACUGCAAAGACCCCGUCCGCCUCAAGUGCGUCAGAACAGGAGGAGUUGUAGAUAAAGAUCUCAGGCUCUACCUCAGCCUGCGCUUUCAGAAAGGCUCGCUAGACCACAAACUGCAGCAGAUCAUCCGGGACAACCUCUACCUCCGCACCGUGCCCUGCACGACCCGGCCGCCUAAAGAGGGAGAAGUGCCCGGGGUGGACUACGACUUUGUGACUGUUGAGCAUUUCCUGGAAUUAGAGAGAAGUGGAGCUCUGCUGGAGAGCGGAACAUAUGAAGAUAACUACUACGGCACACCCAAACCCGCGGCGGAGGCGAGCAGUGUGCUGCUGAUCCCUGGCUCCGUCCCAAACGCAGCCAGCAAACGCAGACGCAACAAAUCCGUCAGUAACAUGGAGAAAGCCGGGGUCGAACCACCUGAGGAGGAGGAGGAGGAGACUGCCGUCGUCAACGGCAACGGAGUAACCACCACACCAGACUGCAGUGAGCACGAGGAGAAGAGUACAGACGGCUCUGGGGACACGCCCCAUACAGACGGGACGGUGAGAGAGGAGAAGGAGGAGACAGAUACGGUGAGGGCGGAGACAGAGGAAGAUAAGCCCCGCCCUAAAGAUGAGCACUGUGACGAGCUCGGACCUCUACCUGAUAACUGGGAGAUGGCCUACACCGAGAAAGGAGAGGUGUACUUCAUCGAUCACAACACUAAGACGACAUCAUGGUUAGAUCCGCGGCUAGCAAAGAAAGCUAAACCACCAGAGGAGUGCAACGAAGACGAGCUUCCGUACGGCUGGGAGAAAAUCGACGAUCCAGUUUAUGGCAGUUACUAUGUGGAUCAUAUAAACAGGAGGACUCAGUUUGAGAACCCAGUUCUAGAGGCUAAGAGGAGACUGCAGAUGCAAAGCCAAGGUCUUUCCUCGCUUCCCCUGCCUGCAAUAUACAGAGUGGAUGAGGGUGUGUCCUUCGCCACUCUGCCCCGGGCGAGGCUGGCGUAUGUGGGCCCGGCUCCUGAGCGCUCUCACAGCCUCACUGACCUGCCCGAGGCCCCCCUGAGCCGGCCCGGAGCAUUCAGACCGCACGAGAAGCCCCUGUUCACGCGAGACCCCACACAGCUGAAGGGCAGGUUCCUCUCAAUGACACUGCAGAAAAGCACCAUGGGAUUCGGCUUCACAAUCAUCGGCGGAGAUGAGCCAGACGAGUUCCUGCAGGUGAAGAGCGUGAUUCCAGACGGUCCUGCUGCACAGGACGGCAAGAUGGCUACAGGCGAUGUGAUUGUCUACAUAAAUGAGGUGUGUGUUCUUGGUACGACUCACGCGGACGUGGUGAAGCUAUUUCAGUCGGUGCCCAUCGGGCAGAGCGUGACCCUGGCACUUUGCCGUGGAUAUCCAUUACCCUACGAUGCCGAGGAUUCGGGACACACCAUGAUCUCUCCUCUGGGCCUUAUAGGAGAUCGCCCCCUGCUGCUUAAUGGCCGCAACUGCACCACGUAUGACACGUAUAUGGAGUACUUAAGCCGCACUGCGCACUUCCUGGAUGAUGGCGUCUCGGUGGCGUCGUCGGGGACGGAGUUAAUCGCUGUCACCAUCGUGAAAGGGCCGGACGGGUUUGGCUUCACGGUAGCAGACAGCGAUGGAGGUCAGAGGGUGAAGCAGGUGCUAGAGCCUCAGCGCUGCCCAGGUCUGUGUGAAGGAGACCUGAUCGUGGAGAUCAACCAGCGGCCAGCCCUCACGCUUUCUCACACACGGGUGGUGGAAUUGCUGAAGGAGUGUGCAGUCGGAGCCGAGGCCACCCUGCUUGUACAGAGGGAGAGAGGUCACUUUUCACCUUGGAAGAGUCCCACACAGGUUUUGGAGCACUGGGACCCUCAGGGUGGUGUUUGUGCCCCUGUCCUGCCCCACAGCGCCCCCUACCUGCCCUGGCCCUCAGCUACUGACCCCCCUCAGGGCCUUGACUUCAGCAAACCUGACCCCUAUGACCUGUACACCAAAUCCAGGGCUUUGUAUGAGAGUAGGCAGCCGGGCCUGCCCCGACCCGUUUACCCAGCAGACCCCUCAGCAGCAGAGUUCCAGGAAGUGGAAGUGAAUCUGCACAGAGAGAAAUCCGGCUUCGGCUUCAGGAUCCUGGGAGGAGAGGAAGCAGGACAGCCUGUGAGUCCGGAGGUUCCUGAGAAGAUCCUGAUCGGGGCGAUCGUAGAGAACAGCCCGGCGGAUAAAGAUGGCCGCCUGCGUCCCGGAGACGAGCUGAUUUCAGUGGACGGGAUCCCUGUGGUGGGAAAACCUCACCGUCACGUCAUCGAUCUGAUGCAUGUGGCAGCUCGCACCGGCCACGUCAAACUCACGAUACGGAGGAGAGUGCAGCCCACAGGUGAGUCGUGUCCUCAGAACGGACGCAGUCCCGGCUCCAUCUCCACCCAGCACAGCUCCCCUCGGAGCGACUUCAACUCCGGAAACUUCUCCAACAGCGGCGGCGUUCCUCAAAACCCCGCCCCUAACGCCACGCCCUCGCAGCCGUCGGACACCGCGGCCAGUCAGGCCAGUGAUGUCAUCAUUCAGCGCAAGGAGACGGAAGGGUUCGGAUUCGUCAUCAUCAGCUCGCUGAACAGGCCGGAAACAGCAGCUGCUGCAGCGGUGCCUCAUAAGAUCGGACGGAUCAUCGAGGGCAGCCCGGCCGAGCGCAGCGGGAAGCUGAAGGUGGGAGAUCGGAUCCUGGCGGUGAAUAAUCAGUCUAUUGUCAGCAUGGCGCACGCUGACAUCGUUAAACUCAUUAAAGACGCAGGACUGAGCGUCACGCUGCGCGUCGUCACGCAGGACGAGACGAGCAGUACUCCUUCGGCUGCUAGCUCGGAGAAACAGAGUCCUCUGGCCCACCCAAGUCCAGUGGCACAGAAUAACCAAGCUGAGAUGGACACGCCCCCAAACACACACCCCAGCCCUGUCAAUCAAACCAGUCCAGCCAAUCAGAUGAGCCCUGAGAGCCAGCCCACCCAGCCUGCAGCUGCCCCAGUGCAGAUGUACACACACGACGGCGGGUACAGGUCAGAGGUCAAAGCUCGUCAGGACGUGAAGCCCGACAUUCGACAGCCUCCGUUCACUGAUUACCGCCAACCGCCCGUGGACUACAGACAGCCUCCUGUAGCGGAGUACACACACACACCACUGCUGGACUACAGACACACUGACCCACGCUCCUACACCAUCACCGAGUACAGACACACACAGAAUUUUGAUUUCUUCACUGUGGAGUUGGAGAAGAGUGUAAAGGGUUUCGGGUUCAGUAUUCGAGGUGGGCGGGAAUACAAGAUGGACCUGUUCGUGCUCCGAUUGGCCGACGACGGCCCGGCCGUCCGCAACGGCAGGAUGAGGGUUGGAGACCAGAUCAUAGAGAUUAAUGGUGAGAGCACACGGGAGAUGACACACACUCGCGCCAUCGAGCUCAUCAAGUCAGGCGGAAACAGAGUGAGACUGCUGCUGAAGAGAGGAACGGGACAGGUACCGGAGUAUGAUAGCUCCGCCCCCUGGGAUCCUAACCCUACAGCCUCCUCAAGCGUGUCGGAAGUAGCUCCGCCCCUCGAGAGCUUAACUAACCCAUCGCCGUCAUCCCAUGUGAACCCAUCUACAGAGCCACCUCACACGCCGCUGAUCGAUACGGAACCCCCCGAAAACUGCCACCAGGGUCUUAAAGCGGCGGAGAAGGCGGGCGCGGGGUCCAGCAGGGGGCAGAACCGGCACCGGGAGGGCAGCAGAGCCAGACGCCGAAGCUCCGGCGGGAACAAGGGGCACCAGAAUCGCUCAGACGACGCGAAAGCAGAAUCCAACAAGAGCCGAUCCAAAGAGCGGAAACGAGACCUGCCUAAACCCCUGCGAGGCGACGCCGAGGUCAACGGGGGCAGCGUGGAGGGCGUCGGAAUCAUGCAGCAGGUCAAAGGUCAGGCUCGAGAGCCAGACAGGGGGACGGGGGAGAGAAAGACGUCCAAGAACACCAGCAAUAUGGCAAGCAGGAAGGCAACCGUGUCCCCAGGGCCGUGGAAAAUCCCCGGAUCGGAUAAACUCCCGAGCAGCCUGCGUUCAGCCUCGUCCACCAUCAGCAGAUAAAACACACAUACACACACACACACACACGUUAAGCUUCGAUUAGCUUCGAUUAGCUCACUCAGCCCUGAAGUGAUGAUCGAUAUGCCCCCCAAAAAACCUCUUGCCCUUCUGUGGAUGAACAAAGUCGAUUCAGUUUUAAUUGAUUUGCUCUGAAAUCCUGGAUUUCAGUUCCACGAAGAUCCCAAAUCCGUCUCCCACAACCCCCAAGUUCUCACGCCUUCACAGACAGACAGGCAUUUUUAAGUUAUAUUUUACUUCUAAAUUAUUCUUUUAAAGAGACAUGACACCCACCACCUUAAAAACUGGAAGUAUUUUUCCUCAGUUAAGAAAAAAAUAACGAUGAUGAUGGAUGUGUGUGGCGUGGGAGGAGAAACACUAAAACGCGAACUCUUACAUGCAUCAGAGCCACGGCGGGAUUUAUACACACGAAGGAAUGUAUUCUAUUUUAAUGAAGAAGACGACAGAUGAAGGAUGAAGGACGUAAUGCAGGAGUGUAUUCCCAUGUGUUCUGCCUUAAAUAAAAUAAACUGCAGAUAUCUAAUAAACACACGGAUGAUUAGAGAAAUACAUAUAUUAUAUUAUAUUAUAAAGAAAAAGAGAUAUAUGACAUGCCACAGUGUAAAUACACUCACCCCUGUUUCACUCUCAACAACACAACCUCCGCUACGCUUCCUCCUCGGAGCCGUCUGAUUGGUCUCCUGCUCCCGUCUGCCGUUUUCCCUCAGCCGUUAACUCGGACUCUUUUUUACGCUUCAGGUACGAGAAUUGGAGAAUAUUUACGAACUAAAUUGCAGUGCUAAUGCUGAAAAUACUUUCUCAGCUGGGUUCCAUACAUCAGCAAAAGGUUAACUUCUGAUUUACAAGAAUGUUAAUUUGUCAUUUUUUUGUGUGUGUUCUGAGAAUAUUUAAAAAAAAAAAGAUGGUUGUCUGAAAAGGUUCUAAUAACAUCCGGCCUCAUUUAUCAGGCAUUUAUUAAAGUUCGGUGUAAAAGGUUUUUUUUUAAUACGACAAACUGAAAAUUCUCACCACAUUUACAAGUUUCGCUGAUUUUCUUCGUACUCACAUGCAUAUGUUGAUCAAAUGCCAGUCAGCUGUAAAUUACCAAGUGUGUUCAAGGCAUUUACAUUUAGCCACGCCCACACAAUUCCAUAAAAGGUAAAUAGAGCAUGAAAUGGCGACUAAAUGGUGCAAGAGUGACUCCUAAGCUUGACGUGUGCUAAAUAUUCCAGUAUCACAGACACACACUAUCUCUUCCUCCUUUUAUAGGGUGCCAUUACUUUUGUCCUGAUUGACUUAUUUGUCUUAAUUUAUGGAUUUAAACUUGAGUAAUUCGUAUAUAUAAAAUCGCAGUAACUCACCGAUCAGUCGAGGUUCUCAUUAGUGAGUCUCCUUAUAUGGUAAUUUACGUAACGUAGGAUACGAACAAUUUCCAAACAAACUGCAUUUUCAUUUUUGGCAUAAAAUGCUCUGGCGAAUGACGUACGAAUUAAUUCGUUCGUAUCCAAUAUGAUAAACGAGACCAAAUUACAGCAGAUGUUUUUAGAACAGCCCCGCCCCCAACGAACUCUGAUUGGCUGUGAGCGAUUUUCUGUCAAUUCUAGUGAACUUAAACAGACAUAACGUCAUUUUCACGCACUGUUCCUACGGAAAUCAACGGGAAAAGGUGCUUUUUUUGCUGAUACCAUAAAUUUCCUUAUCAACGUUCCUUAACUCGGACAAAUGUGUGCAUUAUAAACAGAUCUUUAUUUUCACAGGAAGGCGGGAUUUCUGAAAUUCCAGCUCCUACAGAAUAUUACGUUAUUAUCUGAGUUUCUAUUUUCAUAUACAGAAAAACUACAAAAUACAGAAAUACCACACACACACACACACAUUUAUAUAUAAAAGAAUUAUAGAAUUAUAUAGUGAAUGAAUUGAUGAUGUCGCACCUUUAUUUUGCAGUUAAUAAAUAACAACAAAAUCUAUUAAAAUUAUUUUAUUUUAAAAAUGUAUUCCAUAAAUGUCAUUUAACAAUGAAGUACUGUGUUUUUGUGGUUACUUGACUUUAAGAAAAAAUAUGCAUUUUUUUCCCCCCGUAAUUUAUUUUCUUAAAUAUGCAAAAUGUCUUAUGAUAUGACUGGUUUGAUUGUGGGGUAAUAAAAUAAAGACCAAAAAAUUAUUUUCAAUAAAUAAAUAAAUAACUAUAAAUUCUAUGGAUAUACUGAAAUACUGUAUAUCUUAUUAUGUAUAAAAUAAGAGUGCCUAUGAAACGAUCUGUGGUAAAAAUGUACGUAUGAGUGAGGUGUGUAAAGCUAGUGGGAAAAAAAAAACAAUUUAUCCAGAGAUUUAUUGAAUUAUAGAAACAACAAAUUUCUCACUUUUUUUUACAUCUAUUUUCCAUCUAUUUCUGAUUUAUCAGCGUUCUCUCGAGCAGGAGACGAGCGUCUAACACUCCGAACGGUAGAUCUGAGAAAAAAUGCAAAAAUGUGUUCUUGUGCUGUAAUGUUUCCUUUAAGAUCUCUUGCUUUAUUUUUAUUAUUUUGGAUUUUUUAAGGACUGUAUGCUUCAGAGAAAUCCUUCUCCGACGUCACGGUAAAGCUUUUCACAAAACCAUCAGUGCAAUGUAGCAGUGUGUAUCACGUCAUCUUACACAAACACACACCUUUAUGCAUCAGUGCUGGAGACAGUUGAAGUUGGAAGAGGGAAGUUGAGCUCGAGGACAAAUCAGGAUUUUGAGGUUAAAAUCAGAUCAGAGAGAAAUCUAAAGCAGCGAAGAGAAAUCGACUAGUUUUAACCGGUUUAACGUGAUGGUUGAUGUGAAGCUCCACUUAACAUCAACGUCUCACUUUACAAUCCAGCAGCCAAAUAGCUACAAAUUUAUAUAAAUACACGUGAUAGCAAAAAAAGACUUUGGUAAUAGUUUUACUCUGUAAUGGAUAAACACUGUGCCACUGUGUGUGUUGUGCUGUUGUAGGAAAAUAAUCAGUGACAGGGUGGAGUGAGGAAGCAGAGUCACUGUUACACCCUGAAGCUGAUUCUUUUCCCACGUGUUUUAUUCCUUCACGUGUUUUAUUCCUCUUCUACCACAGCAGCUUGCCAACAAUGACAGUUUUUCAAUUCAUUAAAGAAUGACAUUUCAUACAUUUUUAUCCAUUUACUGUUACAUUCAAAGCAAGUAUCUGUUCUCACUUACGUUACAGCAGCUGUAAGCAGUCGCUCCUUCACCAGCCUCUCUUCUUUCUCUCUCUUGUUCAGUUAAUAAGACAAAAAAAAUACAGCUUGUCGUUUUUUUGUUACUGAGAAACCGUAAACUCCUCUGUCCUGAAGAUGCUGGAAAACUUCUGACACUGGAGACUCCUUCCAUUAAUGCAAAAUAAACGCCUCCUUACAGUAAACAUCACAAUAACAAGGAUUACACACAUAUUUUUAAAAUCUGUUAUCGAUUUGGAGUAUCUGCUGUACAUCUGGCAACAUGCCUCAAAUGCAGAAUAGUAUUUAUGCUAUUAUUACUAUUAACUAUUAUUAUUAUUAUUAUUAUUAUUAUUAUUAUUAUUAUUAUUAUUAUUUACCAUGCCCAGAUCUAUAAAUGGAAGUUUCACCAGUUAUACAUGACUGAAGGAUUUUUUAGUAACGCUGUUUGCUUUAGUGCCCCCUUGUGGAGCAACUCAGGCUCUUAAAUAUUGAAUGAAUUAAAUUUUGCUGUCUCAAACCUGCCUUCCUGUGAUGAGUCCCUGUGAUGAGUCUCUGUUAUAAGUCUCUGUGAUGAGUCCCUGUUAUAAGUCUCUGUGAUGAGUCCCUGUUAUAAGUCUCUGUGAUGAGUCCCUGUUAUAAGUCCCUGUGAUGAGUCUCUAUGAAGAGUCUCUGUGUUGAUUCUCUGUGAUGAGUCUCUGUGAUGAGUCUCUGUGAUGAGUCUCUGUGAGGAGUCUCUGUGAGGAGUCUCUGUGAUGAGUCCCUGUGAUGAGUCUCUGUGAGGAGUCUCUGUGAGGAGUCCCUGUUAUAAGUCUCUGUGAUGAGUCCCUGUGAUGAUUCUCUGUGAUGAGUCCCUGUGAUGAGUCCCUGUUAUAAGUCCCUGUGAUGAGUCUCUGUGAUGAGUCUCUGUGUUGAUUCUCUGUGAUGAGUCUCUGUGAUGAGUCUCUGUGAUGAGUCUCUGUGAGGAGUCUCUGUGAUGAUUCUCUGUGAUGAGUCUCUGUGAUGAGUCCCUGUGAUGAGUCUCUGUGAGGAGUCUCUGUGAGGAGUCCCUGUUAUAAGUCUCUGUGAUGAGUCCCUGUGAUGAUUCUCUGUGAUGAGUCUCUGUGAGGAGUCUCUGUGAUGAGUCCCUGUGAUGAUUCUCUGUUAUAAGUCUCUGUGAGGAGUCUCUGUGAGGAGUCUCUGUGAUGAGUCUCUGUGAGGAGUCUCUGUGAUGAGUCUCUGUGAUGAGUCUCUGUGAGGAGUCCCUGUGAGGAGUCUCUGUGAUGAGUCCCUGUGAGGAGUCUCUGUGAUGAGUCCCUGUGAUGAUUCUCUGUGAUGAGUCUCUGUGAUGAGUCUCUGUGAUGAGUCUCUGUGAUGAUUCUCUGUGAUGAGUCUCUGUGAUGAGUCUCUGUGAUGAGUCUCUGUGAUGAUUCUCUGUUAUAAGUCUCUGUGAUGAGUCUCUGUGAUGAGUCUCUGUGAUGAGUCUCUGUGAGGAGUCUCUGUGAUGAGUCUCUGUGAGGAGUCCCUGUGAGGAGUCCCUGUGAGGAGUCUCUGUGAUGAGUCCCUGUUAUAAGUCCCUGUGAUGAGUCUCUGUGAUGAUUCUCUGUGAUGAGUCCCUGUGAUGAGUCCCUGUGAUGAGUCUCUGUGAUGAGUCCCUGUGAUGAGUCUCUGUGAUGAUUCUCUGUGAUGAGUCUCUGUGAUGAGUCUCUGUGAGGAGUCCCUGUUAUAAGUCUCUGUGAUGAGUCCCUGUGAUGAUUCUCUGUGAUGAUUCUCUGUGAGGAGUCUCUGUGUUGAGUCCCUGUGAUGAUUCUCUGUGAUGAGUCUCUGUGAUGAGUCCCUGUGAUGAGUCUCUGUGAGGAGUCUCUGUGAUGAGUCCCUGUGAUGAUUCUCUGUGAUGAGUCUCUGUGAUGAGUCCCUGUGAUGAGUCCCUGUGAUGAAUCACUCAGUUCUUCUUUCUCAGAGUCUGUGUCCUGAUCCUCUGCAUCUCCGGGAGGAAAAUGAAC